AUGUUCAAGCGUAUGCCACCACCGCUCGAUCUUGUCCCCACCAUGUCAUUCACGAUUUCUGUGCCCCGGUGUAUUGCUCUCCGUUGUAGGAAUCCUGAGGACGUAGAUGCGGUAGUCGAGCUCAAAGAAGACGAGUCCUCAUCGGGUCAGUCGUCGGAGAGCGAGGACGACGACGAAGCCCUUGCCCGAGAGCUGGAGGCGAUUCGACGCGAGAGACAAAAAGCGGAGGUUAAAUCCGAGCGGGAAACUGCGCUAGAGGGGUUGGCGGAGAGCUUGAGAGAGGGCCGCGUUGGCUUGUCUAAGUCGUGGACGGAAGAAGCCGUUUUCAACGUCAAAGUGUCCGAUCCCGGCACGACCAGCGCACAGUAUGUCAAUGACACCGUAAGGUCAGAAUUUCAUAAACGCUUUUUGCAACGUUACAUCCAUUAG